GUUAGUACAAAUCAGCAUCCAGUUCAUUGUCUGGGAUCGAUGCGAACAAUUAUAAGUGGAAUCGCAAUGAAGUUGUUUAUAUGCCUGUCAGCGCUUUUGUUGGUUUCAGCUAACGCUGAAUCAGAUCAAAAGAAAUCUGAUGCCAAUGCAGUGCCAUUGGAGAAAAAGUUGGACAAACGUGGUUUGCUGAAUCUGGGCUACGGGUACGGAAUCAACGGUCUUGACGUUGGGUACAUUGGUGGACAUGGCCAUUUGGGAGGAGCCUACCAUUCGGCUCCCGUCCAAGGAUACGGUCAUGGACAUGCCGUCCAUGGAUACGGUCAUGGAAAUGCCGUCCAUGGAUACGGUCAUGGAAAUGCCAUCCAUGGAUACGGUGGACAUGGACAGGGUUUCUUGCUGGGAGGACAUACCGAUGUAACCAAAACCAUUACCCUGCUGAAGGGAGUGCCAGUGCCAUACACUGUGGAGAAACAUGUGCCUUACACCGUUGAGAAGCAUGUGCCAUACCCAGUGAAAGUCCCAAUCCCGCAGCCAUACGAGGUUGUGAAGCACGUUCCUGUGCAUUAUAAGGAAUACGUUAAGGUCCCCGUCCAUGUGCCAGCUCCGUACCCAGUCGAGAAGAAGGUUCCGUACCCAGUGCAUGUUCCAGUAGAUCGUCCAUACCCCGUCAAGGUGCUGGUACCUCAGCCCUACACCGUCGAGAAGCACAUUCCAUACCCGGUGAAGGUGCCAGUCCCACAGCCGUACGAAGUGACCAAGCAUGUCCAAGUGCCCGUUAAGGUCGAGGUUCCAGUGCCAGUGCCGUACACCGUCGAAAGGAAGGUUCCAGUUGAAGUUAAGGUUCCGGUUGACCGUCCCUACCCAGUCCAUGUCCCUGCCCCAUACCCAGUCCCGGUGGAGAAGCCCGUUCCAUACACCGUCGAAAAGCCCUACCCAGUCGAGGUGAAGGUCCCCGUUGACCGUCCCUAUCCCGUUCCGGUUGAAAGGCCCGUCCCAUACCCAGUCAAGGUCCCGUAUCCGCAGCCCUACUACGUCGAGAAGCACGUCCCAUACACCGUCGAGAAGCCCGUCCCCGUUCCGGUCAAGUUCCCCAUUGAUCGCCCAUACCCGGUGACCGUCGAGAAGCACAUCCCAGUGGAGAAACCCGUCCCAGUGCCGGUGAAGGUUCCGGUUGCCGUUCCCGUGUACUCUCCGAAAUACCACCACCACCACCAAGAACCUCUGCAGCACCAUUACGAUACCAGCUACACGAGCUUCAGCGGCUACGGACACGAUUACAGCUAUCACCAUUAAGCACCAUUAUUGGACGGAACUGUCACUGCCAGUAAAAGUUAACCACCACUCAUCAUCACCACCACCAACGAUCGCGGAACACUCCAUCCCGUGAAACCAAGCAAAAACUGCACCUGAAAACAAGAAACUCAAAACAAUGCCACCUUAAUUUGUUACCAAGUUUUUAAAGUUUUCAUUUUUCUUCAAAGCAACUCUAUUCUUUCAUAGUUUUCUUUCAUAGUUUUGAAUAGCUACCGCGAGG